AUGGCCGAGUGGCGCUUGAGGGCCCCCGGAGCCCCUCAACUCGUGUCCCGUCAAGGCCGUUCUUGUAUAGGAAGGCAUCGAGGGCUAGGUAUCUGGUACAAGAGAGUGUUCGGUACUGGACGCCAGAAACCUCCGCCAGAACUCGGUUGCGCUGUAAGCCAAGUCCACCUUAUCUUCCGCUCUUUCGCCCGGCUGCGGCACCUUUCGAGAACGCCAGUCAUACACGAUUCAUCGUCAAAUCCCCCGACCUCUAGCCACACAAACCUUGUACCUCCGUCUCACUCACAGACGAAUAUGCAGCUCCAAUUGAGAAUACGCAAUCCUCUGGUUUCACCUCAUAAAUCUCGCCGCUCAACCUCUACUUGUCGUGGGCUGUACGACUCGCUGCGCCGCUCACUAAUCCCACCCAUCGUCAUUCGAUAG